AUGCGACUGGCGAUCGCAUGUCUCCAGCACCGCCACACUUCAUCUAUCCAGAUCGAUUUCCAAGUUGACAUACACUUGAAGGGGAAUCUUCAAGUUACUGUCAAUACUGAGCCUACUUCAACGAUAUGCACGCUAUCCAGGUUCGUGGUGUCCAUCCUGUUACAUCACGAAAACCUGAUCAUCGUCCUGCAGCAACAAUAUUGGGCUGUUCGAGAAUACCUCAGCCCCGUCUUAAAGGAGAGCAAGUUCAAGGAACACGGUAGAAUAACCCCAGAGGAGUUUGUAGCAGCUGGCGACUUCCUUGUGUACAAGUUUCCGGUGUGGACAUGGGAGAAAGGCGACCCCACGAAAGCCCGUGACUAUCUUCCAGCCGAUAAACAAUACCUGUUGACCCGUGGAGUGCCCUGCCUUCGGCGCGCGACAUCUCUCGCGUACACCGACGCUGAUGAAGACGCGGAGCGCUUGCUCUCUUUCGGAGACAGUUCAGCUACAGGGAGCGAGGCCGACGAGUGGGUUGAAACGCAUGCUGGGCGCAAGCCUUCACACGACGCAGCCAACCCAGGCACGAUAGACGACAUCCCCGACUUAGAUGGAGAUGAUCAUCCCGCAGGAGGCGCUGGUGUGGGUGGUGUCACAGCUGGCAUGGGGAACAUCUCUUUAGGAGGGAGUGCCGCUGUAGCGGAGACACCAGAUUUGGACGAUAUCCCUGAUAUGGAGGAGGAAGGACUUGAAGAGGGAGAUGAAGCGACAGCUGUUGCAUCCAAGGCUGCCCCAGCUGUAAUUGAUGCCAGUAAUAUCGAAGUCGCUGGAGGCAAUCUCCUGCAAGUCAGAACGUACGAUGUCAUGAUCACAUACGACAAGUACUACCAAACACCGCGCAUCUGGCUCAUCGGCUAUGACGAGAACGGCACGCCCCUCACACCACCGCAGAUCUUCCAAGAUAUUUCUGCUGAUCAUGCAUUCAAGACCGUUACCAUCGAGCCGUUCCCUCAUUCGGCUUCCUUACAAGCAGCAUCUGUUCAUCCUUGCAAGCAUGCAAGCGUCAUGAAGAAAGUCAUUGAGCGCAUGAACAGCGGCAUGAUAGAGGAACAACUCGCUCAGCAACGUAAAUCGGGGUCUCCUGCGCCCAAGGACACAAAGCCGUCUUCUUCGUCGACCGUCAAGAAGUGGCCAUUCAGUCGUAAGGCAAGUGGCUCUGGGAAGGGCGAAGCAGACGAAGAAGAGAUCGAGGGAAUGAGAGUCGAUUUCUAUCUUGUCGUGUUUUUGAAGUUCAUUGCCUCGAUCGUCCCGACCAUUGAAGUCGAUUCUACCACUUCGUUCUGA